GUGUGACUGUGACAAGCUCUUGUCUGUAAAUUCUCCUUUUCUAAUUAUUAAUAAUCAUUUUUCAUAAAUAAAAAUUACCAAAAUUAAUCAUCUUUUGCUCUUUCCCUUUCAUUUCCUUUCGAACCAGCUCGCUCUCUCUCUUCUCCUCCUCCACUCCCCCCUUCCCUUUUCUUCUAAUUUACCAUCUCUACCCUCUUUCUACCUCCCUCUUUCGUUAUCCACCUUCUACUAUCUCUAAUUUCACAAUCAAUCAUUUCUCCAUUUAGGGUUUCCUUCUAAUUCAUACCAUUUUCACCAUGGACUCGGAGGAUGAGUUCGAUAUGCAGGACGCUGCCGCUGAAUCCGCCGAUGAUGAUUUCUACAGCGGAGGUGAUGAUGUUUUUGACAGCGAUGAUGCUGAUGUUGCUGAUUACGAGUUCAUCGAUAACGAUUCCGAUGAUUCCGAUGACCUUAUCUCCCACCGCUACCAGCAAAACUAUACUGUUCUGGGUGAAGCAGAUAUUCGUCAACGUCAAGAAGAUGAUGUUAUGAGGAUAUCUACUGUGCUUUCAAUUUCCAAGGUUUCGGCUAGCAUUUUGCUCCGUUAUUAUAACUGGAGUGUCAGUAAAGUGCACGAUGAAUGGUUUGCAGAUGAAGAAAAGGUUCGCAAGGUUGUUGGCUUAUUGGAGAAACCAGUUGUUGAAUUUCCUGAUGGCAGAGAAAUGACAUGCGGAAUUUGUUUUGAAACCUAUCCUUGUGAUAGGUUGCAUGUUGCGGCUUGUGGUCAUCCGUUUUGUAGUACAUGCUGGCAAGGCUACAUAAGCACAGCUAUUAAUGAUGGUCCUGGAUGUUUGAUGUUGCGAUGUCCUGAUCCUUCCUGCAGUGCUGCUGUUGGUCAAGAUAUGAUUAAUGAGUUGGCUUCUGAUGAAGACAAGGAAAAGUAUUCCCGCUAUUUCAUUAGAUCUUAUGUUGAGGACAACAGAAAGACCAAAUGGUGCCCUGCUCCAGGAUGUGAUUAUGCUGUGGAUUUUAUUGUUGGCAGUGGAAGCUAUGAUGUAACUUGUCGCUGCUCAUAUAGCUUCUGUUGGAAUUGUACUGAAGAAGCCCAUCGUCCUGUUGAUUGUGGAACUGUAGCCAAGUGGAUUCUAAAAAAUAGUGCCGAGUCUGAAAAUAUGAACUGGAUAUUGGCUAAUUCCAAACCCUGUCCAAAGUGCAAACGGCCAAUCGAGAAAAACCAGGGCUGUAUGCAUAUUACUUGCACACCGCCUUGUCAAUUUGAGUUUUGCUGGCUUUGCCUUGGUGCAUGGUCAGAUCAUGGAGAAAGGACUGGUGGUUUUUAUGCAUGCAAUCGUUAUGAAACAGCAAAGCAAGAGGGAGUGUAUGAUGAGGCUGAAAAGAGAAGAGAAAUGGCCAAAAACUCUCUAGAGAGAUAUACUCAUUAUUAUGAACGAUGGGCAACCAACCAAUCUUCUAGGCAAAAGGCACUGGCAGACCUACAGCAAAUGCAGACUGUGCAUCUCGAGAAGUUGAGCGACAUACAGUGUCAACCGGAGUCACAGCUAAAGUUCAUAACUGAGGCCUGGUUACAGAUAGUUGAAUGCAGGCGAGUCUUGAAAUGGACUUAUGCUUAUGGAUAUUAUUUACCUGAGCAUGAACAUGGCAAGAGAAUAUUCUUUGAGUAUUUGCAAGGUGAAGCUGAGUCUGGUUUGGAACGCCUUCAUCAAUGUGCUGAGAAGGAGCUCCAAACUUAUCUAAAUUCAGAGGGCCCAUCAAAGGAUUUCAAUGAGUUCCGCACCAAACUUGCUGGAUUGACCAGUGUGACUCGGAACUAUUUCGAGAAUUUAGUUCGAGCUUUGGAGAAUGGUCUAUCAGAUGUGGACUCUCAUGGUGCGUGCAGCAGGACAACAAGCUCAAAGAGCUUGGGAGGUGGAAGCAGCAGGGGGAGAAGUGGGAGAGGCAAGGGUUCAACUUCCAGAUCAAGUGGCCCUAGCAGAAAUAUUGAUGAUUCAGGCCACUGGUCAUGUGAACAUUGUACGUUUGCAAAUAUCAGGUCGGCUACCAUCUGUGCAAUGUGCCAGCAAAGAAAAUAGCAAAUUUUGCCUCGUGGGCUGUCCAAUUGCAUUGGGGAAACACCUUUUAGAGCAUUGCUGCAGAAGGAAAGAAUAAAGCUACAUUAAUUUCUCAGCCGUAAGACCUGAACUGCAAUGGUGGAGAAUGGAAAUAGGGAAGGGUUGAAAGAGAAGUGUUUGGCUUGUUUUCUGGUAUCUGGUGUAAAUAGUUGUUGCCAUUUACGGUGGUCUUUUUAACUUUGUAUUGGUAUCUUAUAUCAGGAUCCAUGCCAAAAAAAAAAAAAAAAAAAUCUGUCUGUAAUCUUUAUGAUCAUUUAUUUAUUUAUGUAUGUUACUAAUAGAUUUAUAAAGCACUUGAAGCUUUCAAGUGUUUUGUCGGAAUGAUAAGAUAGGCUAAAUAAAUUUGCACGCUCGGACCA